AUGGCGACUCUGCCCAAAUCGACGGUCGUGGUGCCGUUGUAUAUCUAUCCAUUGGACUCUGAAACUUGGGCUCCACUCUAUGCAGCCAUCGAGGCCAACCCAAACCUUGACUUUCUAGUCAUUGUGAACCCAAACAGUGGCCCAGGCGAAGGCGCUCUCCCCGACGACAAUUACUCGCGAGAAGUUCCUCGGUUGAAUGGGUACCCCAACGUGUACACCGUAGGCUACAUUCGAAUCGACUACUGCAACAAGCCCCACUCGACAACCUAUGCGGAGAUCGAACAGUACGCGAGCUGGUCAGCCGAUUAUGAAACUACCGGGCUGGGAGUGCGAGGGAUCUUUGUCGACGAGACUCCCAACCAUUAUACGGCCGAUCGAGCCGAUUAUCUGAGAGAACUAACCGAGUUUAUCAAGAAGACUCCGGGUAUUCUUGCCGAUCGAUUUGUGGUCCACAAUCCCGGCACCCCACCAGACGUGGUGAUUAGUGAAUCCGCCGAUAUGUUUUUUAUCAGUGAGGAGCCCUACCCGCGCUACCGAUCGGACGAGGUCCAGAAGUGGCUGGGGCGAUUCAAGUACGAACGAAUUCGCUCCGGUGUCAUGAUCAACGAGGUUCCAUUGGAUGAUCUGGAAAAUCUGGUCCAUGAGCUGCGCCACAAGGCUGCCUACAUCUUCGUGACUGAAAUCUCUGGUGAUUUUUAUGAGCGCUUUGGUCCCCACAGUUGGAAUGCCCUUAUGCAGGCUCUGCAGUAA